CUUCUCUCUGUGUGCCCUUUAACCUUCCUGCCUUGGUAUAUAUAGUCUGUGUGACUAUCAGAGUUCUCCUGGCAGCCAUCAUGAAGGGUAUAGUCUUGGUCUUCUGUUUCCUCUCCCUGCUGCAUUUGCAGGCCACAGCAGAAGAAGAAGAAGAAGCUUUUACCUCCACCCUUAGGGACAGAUCUCACAUCGAUGAGACGCUGCGACUUGCGGCUGAAGAAAAAGCAGGAGACUAUGCAGCGGCUCUGGAGAGGUUGCGGAAGAUCUACCACACAUCCAUCAAGCCGAUGGAGCAGGCCUACAAGUACAAUGAGCUGAGGCAGCACGAGAUCUCAGCCUACCCCGGACGAACCCUGGGGGACUCAGCCACAGAUGGAGAGAUUACUUCCAAGCCCAUGGUGCUGUUCCUGGGACCCUGGAGUGUAGGAAAGUCCUCCAUGAUCAAUUACCUCCUGGGCAUGCAAGACAGCCCCUAUCAGCUCUACACAGGAGCUGAGCCUACUACCUCUGAGUUCACCGUAAUUAUGCACGGGGAGAAGAUCCGCUCUGUUGAGGGUAUUGUCAUGGCUGCGGACAGCUCCCGGUCCUUCUCUCCCCUGGAGAAGUUUGGUCAGAACUUCCUGGAAAAGCUGAUUGGUAUUGAGAUGCCCCACAAGCUGCUGGAACGUGUGACUUUUGUGGACACUCCAGGAAUCAUUGAGAACCGGAAGCAGCAGGAGAGAGGCUAUCCCUUCAAUGAUGUUUGCCAGUGGUUCAUUGACCGCGCUGACCUGAUCUUCGUGGUGUUUGACCCCACCAAGCUGGACGUUGGCCUGGAGCUGGAGAUGCUCUUCCGGCAGCUGAAGGGUCGUGAAUCCCAGAUCCGUAUCAUCCUGAACAAGGCUGACAACCUGGCCACCCAGGACUUAAUGAGAGUCUACGGCGCGCUCUUCUGGAGCUUGGCUCCCCUCAUCAAUGUGACCGAACCUCCCCGUGUCUACGUCAGCUCCUUCUGGCCAUACGACUAUGCACCUGACACCAGCCGCGACCUCUUCAAGCGAGAGGAGAUCUCCCUCCUGGAAGAUCUGAACCAGGUGAUCGAGAACCGCAUGGAGAACAAAAUUGCGUUCAUCCGCCAGCAUGGCAUCCGUGUGCGCAUCCAUGGCCUGCUGGUAGACCGCUACGUCCAGACCUUCAAAGAGAAGAUGAGCUUCUUCAGUGACCCGGAACUGGUCUUCCAGGAGAUUGUGGAUGACCCAGACAAGUUCUACAUUUUCAAGUCCAUCCUAGCCAAGACCAACGUCAGCAAGUUCGACCUGCCCAACCGCGAUGCUUACCGUGACUUCUUUGGCAUCAACCCGAUCACCAACUUCAAGCCCCUGACGGCUCAGUGCUCCUACAUGGGAGGCUGUCUGCUGGAAAAGAUUGAGAGGGCGAUCACCAAUGAGCUGCCUGCCCUUCUGAGCAGCAUUAACUCUGGCAAGCAGCCGGGCCUGUCCUCCUGCGAGGCUACUGGCUGUGGUGAGAAGCCAAAGAAUCGCUACCGGAAGAACUGAGGAAAACAAAAUAACUUGAAUGGGGGAAGUGAGAAGAGGAGGGGGUCUGGUGGAGGCCAAACCUGCUUUUAUCAGAACGCCUGAUAUUGUUGAGGAGAGAGAGGAGAGGAGUUUAGUGUUUAGUGUUUUUUCCUCAGGAGAAUAAGGGGGUGUGCAUUUAGGGACUGUGGGAACGAGGCAGAUAGAGUGAGGGGAGGGUCAUUGGAUAAGGCAGCUUAAGGACACAAGUGCUGAAGAAAUGAGUACAUGAGUACCACUGAUCACCGAGUUUGGUUCAAAUACACGCCCUCCUCUCUCCCUUGCGCAAUCACAGUGGACUGUGUGGGAUUUGGGUGUUGGGGAAGAAACGAUGUGAAGAAAUACAGAAAUGGAAAAAAAAAAAAGUAAGAUGAAAUAAAAAUUGAAAAAUCCUGCGACUGAAAACAGUCAAUUACCAGCUCCCUUGUAUGUGAAUAAAAUGGGAAAAGUGGAAACAGGAGUUGCAAAUUUGUGUUGUAAAAUCUUGAGAAUUGCAUUGCAGAACGUCAAUUCCAUGAGCUUCAGAAGCUGUUUUUGAAGUAGCCUUUUUUUUUUUUUUUUUGGGUGCUAUUCGAAGCUAUUGUGUUUGGGUGGUUGUCCAAACCAUUGUUUUUGAGACAGGUGAACAUUAACACUGCAUGUUAGACAUCACAUCUUAUUUAAUAGAUGCAUGAAUUUCCCUCUAACAUAAACUCUUUAAGUUAUAUUUCCUCGUGUAAUCUAAACCAACCUUGCUAUGCAACAGAUAAGGCCAUUUUUUUUUUCUUUUUUUCUUCCGUAGUUUUAUACGCUCAUUGGCUCUGGUUGUUGACAACCUGUGAAAUGAGCACUGUGAUGGAAGCGGAGGUCAGGGUUCAAGGGUCAGAGUCUUCAGAGCAGGGAGGGUAUGUUCAUUCUGCUUCAGUUCUUAACUUAUCUUACCAUUUCUGUUUGUCAGUCUUUGGCAUGAAUUCAGUCAUGUGUUGUGAUUUUUUUUUCUUUGAAUGAUAAGCUUCCCAGCUUCUUUAAGCUGAAUGACCAUAAAAGAAAUAAGACAUGAAGGAUGUGUUUGGGUUAUAGCUGUCUUUAGACAUUUUUCUGCAGUUUAGAAAGCUAUUUAUUGAUUUUUCUGUGUAAACCUUCCAGACGGGGAUUGAGGCGGGCUGUGUACAUGCACUGAAUCAUCGUAGCAUAAAAGUUCACCCAUCAAUGCUGCAGAGAUUAUGAUUUGUUAGCUUGCAAAAUGUGGGCUGGAGGUAAAAGUGAAGUGGAGGACUCGUGAGUUGACCCCUGACCUCUGUGGAAAAGAAGGAGGCCCCAAAUACUAAACACAAUGGUUUUGCAAUGAUACAUGUCAUAACUGCGAGUUUUUAUGUAAGCCUACCUCAGUGAACUUCCGGGAGUAUGGCAUGGUAAAUUGUUCCUCCACAUUUUGGGAAAUGCAUUUAUCGGAGACCUGACGAAUUCUUGGACCGGCCCUGUAACUUCCUUGACCCCAGGAAGUUAUUGCACCUAGACAAGAACUGAUCCAGCACAUUGACCCUCAGAUAUCGUGCUCAGGGUUGGAAGCUUGAAUGCUGGGCUAAUAUCACACCGAACCAUUCUAGUAUGCUGUAUACCGGACAAGUUGUCUGAAGUGAAAAUCUGGAGGCAAAACUACAUGUUUGAUAACCCAUUGGCUAAUGCUGGCUUUAGACCACUUCCUUGCUAACAUUACUAAGUGUUUUUCCAGCAGGGUGCUGUCUAACAGAAGACAACAGGUCAUCAAAUAUGUACCUUGAAAAAUCUCUAGAUUUUCACUGUUAAAUGUCUUUUCACUUGUUGAUCAAUCUGGAAGCAGUGGAGUGAAAAGAGUUUGUCAGAUUCCCUACCUUUGGUUUUGCUGAACCACAGCAAAACCGAAGGUGAGCUUCCUGCCCUGAGCAUGACGUUGGAGGAAAAAUGGCCGCCGCUUUAAUUUUUUGUCGUUGUACCAAUUAAGCAAGAGAGAUAGUAUGUGCUAAUUAGAGGGCGAUAACAGUGCAGGUAGAUGGACUUUGUGACCUUCAGGCAGACUCUGUCUGACCUUUCCCCACCUUUUUUCAGUCUUAGCUAAGCUAAGCUAACCAGCUGCUGGUUCCAGCUACAUAUUUACAAAACUGUACAGACACAAAAGUGGCAUCAACCUAGCAAAAAUGUCAUACUAUUGCUUUAAAUACAGAGUCACAAAUCAUCAAAGAAGGUAAUAGGUAAUAACUACAUCUACAAAAGGCACCGAUUUAAUUAACUAAUGGACAAAAAUGCUCUUCCAUUUCCCUCUCUGUCCUCCCUCACAAGCCCCAUAAAUCUGAAGCAUAGUGAAAAAGGAAAAAAAGCUAACAACAUUAAUCUCACAUUUGCUUAAUUUUUCUGUUUUGUUUUGUUUUUCUCUUUAUUUCUUUGAGUGUGAGUGCUCCGCUGGAUGUGUUUGGUAUGUUUACACUGCAGAUCCAGAACAUGCCCACUAGAGAGUGCUGUGCAGAAGUGUAAGUUACACAGACCACUGACUAACGCUCAUCAUGGCAACAGUUUAUAGCUCGGGCUGAUGAUGUUGUGUGGUUGUGCUUUUUUUGGUAUAUUUUGGUAUCAGUUAUCUUACUUUACCAGUGAAUUAGAUCUGGAAUGGAUGUGUGUCCCAUUGAAGUAGUUUUUAAUUCACCUUUUUUUUUGUUCUUCUUCCUGUUUUGGUAUAAAAUUUAAAUUAAUCUUGGCCCAAUUUUGGAAGCUUGAUCUACAAAAAUAAAGAUUUCUGAUUGACUAGGCA